AUGAUACACUCGGAGCAGCCCAAGGGCGGUCAGUUCAAACUCGUCGUCGGUGAUCUCAUUCGACUCAUCGAAACGCAACACGAACAUCAAGCUGAACAGCUUGCCAAGUUAGGGGGUAUCACGGGCGUCGCAACGUCACUCGGUGUCAAUAUCACACAGGGGCUCAACACCAAUGACAGCGCCGACUUGAAGCGGCGUGAAGACACGUUCGGGUCCAACUACAUUCCUCCUCCAAAGGCCAAGGGUCUAUUAGAACUCAUGUGGGAAGCCUUCCAGGACGUAACCAUUAUCGUCCUGACCAUUUCCGGCGUCCUCUCUGUUAUCCUAGCAAUUACUGUAGGCGACCACCCGGACACCGGCUGGAUUGAAGGAGCCUGUAUUAUUUUCGCCGUGCUGGUGGUGACGAUGGUGACGGCCAUCAACGAUUACCAGAAGGAGGCACAGUUCCGUGCCCUCAAUGCCGUCAAGGAGGAUGAGAAGAUUAAAGUAAUUCGGAACGGGGUACCAGCCGAGGUGAGCAAGUUCGGACUCGUGGUGGGCGACAUCGUUCGUGUGGAUUUGGGUGAUAUCGUUCCGGCCGACGGCAUUGUAUUCGACCAGAAGGAGCUCAAGCUGGACGAGUCUGCUAUGACCGGUGAGUCGGACCUGAUGGUGAAGAACACGGAGAACCCGUUCCUUCUUUCAGGAACCAAGGUCAUGGAAGGACUGGGCAAGAUGCUGGUUGUUUGUGUCGGUGAAAACUCCCAAGCUGGUAUUAUCAAGAAGCUUAUCCUAGGCAAAGACAAGGACAAGGAAAAAGCCAAGGCCAAAGAGGCCGAGAAGAAAUCAGCGCCCUCCGCCGCUGCGACGACCCCCCUUCCUGCUCCAUCUACAGCAGCUAACGGCACUGUGGAGCAGAAAGAAGAGUACGACAACGGCGAGACGCAGUCACCUCUUGAAGCCAAGCUCAACCGCUUAACGAUUCUCAUCGGCAAGCUUGGUACGACUGUAGCUUUGCUUGUGUUCAUCAUCAUGUCAAUCCGAUUCUCGGUGGAUACCUUUACUGGAGAUGACAAGAAGGAGUGGAAGGCCAAGUACGUUAGCGAAUACUUACAAUUCUUCAUUGUGUCCAUCACGGUGCUAGUGGUGGCAAUCCCAGAAGGCCUCCCGCUUGCCGUGACCAUCUCUCUGGCUUAUUCGGUCAAGAAGAUGUUAACGGAUAACAACCUUGUGCGUCACCUGGAUGCUUGUGAGACCAUGGGUAGUGCCACGACCAUCUGCUCGGACAAGACGGGAACUCUAACGACCAACCGGAUGACAGUCAUGCAAAUCUGGAUCGGAGGCCAAGAGUUCACGUCAGCCUCGCAGGCAACAGAUGAAAUGUCCGAGUCUACACGUGACGUCUUCUGUAACGGAGUGUGUAUCAACUCGACGGCUGAAAUUCUCCCAGCUAAAGUUGCUGGUGGUCAACCUGAACACACGGGAAACAAGACCGAGUGUGCGUUGCUACAGUUCGUUCGUGACUGCGGUGUCGACUAUCCGAACGUCCGUGCGAACACUGAGGUCGGUCACAUGCUCACGUUCAGCAGCAAGAAAAAGCGUAUGUCUGUGGUGGUCAAACGUUCCGCCAGUACCUGUCGGAUCUACACCAAAGGAGCCACCGAAGUCGUUCUGGGUCUAUGCAGUAAGAUGAAGCGUCUGGACGGUUCUGUGGCCUCUCUUGACGGGAACCAGAAGGAGAUCAUCGGCACGUCCAUUAUCGAGAAGUACGCGUCUCAAGGUUAUCGUACGCUUUGUCUAUCCUAUCGCGACGUUGAUACCUCGGCUGACGAGAUCAGUCAAUGGGCUGACGAUGAAGUUGAAAAGGAUCUCACCUGUAUCGCCAUCGUCGGCAUUGAAGAUCCUGUACGUAAGGAGGUACCGGACUCGAUUAAGCUUUGCCAUCGAGCUGGUAUUGUCGUGCGUAUGGUCACCGGUGACAACAUUACCACUGCGCGUUCAAUCGCUGGAAAGUGCGGUAUCAUUUCACCGAACGACGGGUCCCUGGUCAUUGAAGGACAGGAGUUCCGUACACGUGUACUGGACGGGAACGGGAACAUCAUCCAGUCGGAAUUCGACAAGAUCUGGCCGUUGCUGCGUGUGAUGGCGCGAUCGUCUCCCAAGGACAAAUACACGCUUGUGACUGGUCUGAUGCAGUCGAACCUGAUGCCGUACGGUCCACAGAUCAUUGCUGUCACCGGUGACGGUACGAACGACGCUCCUGCACUGAAGAAGGCGAACGUGGGCUUCGCUAUGGGUAUCAGUGGAACUGCUGUGGCCAAGGACGCCUCCGACAUCAUCCUGAUGGACGAUAACUUCACGUCUAUUGUGAGCGCCAUCAAGUGGGGACGCAACGUGUACGAUUCCAUCGCCAAGUUCCUUAUGUUCCAGCUCACAGUCAACGUCGUGGCUAUCAGUCUGGCAUUCUUGGGUGCUGUGAUUCUGGAGCAGUCCCCGCUUACUGCUGUGCAGCUACUAUGGGUGAACCUUAUCAUGGACUCGUUCGCGUCAUUGGCACUUGCUACGGAGCCCCCAACGCAGGCUCUACUGGAGCGUCGGCCAUACCCGAAGACUAAACCUUUACUCUCAAAGAUCAUGACAAAACACAUCAUCGGCCAGUCGAUCUACCAGCUUGUGAUACUGCUCAUGCUUACCUUCGUAGGCGAGAAGAUGCUGGACGUGCCCUCUGGUCGCUAUCAGGACCUCGAUGAGAGUCACAAGCACGAGCCCACUCAACACAUGACUGUCAUUUUCAACACGUUUGUGUGGAUGCAGCUCUUCAACGAGCUCAACUGCCGCAAGAUCCACGACGAGCCAAACGUUCUCGAGGGUUUGAUGGGCAACCGUGUGUACAUUUACGUGACUAUCCUCCAGAUCCUCAUGCAGUUGGUCAUCGUACAAUGCACAGGAUCAUUUUUCAACUGCGAACCGCUGACCGCCAGCCAAUGGGGAGUCUCUAUUGGCUUGGGCGCAAUCUCCAUGCCUCUACGUGUGAUUUUGCGGUGCUUCUCGGCCAAGUGGUUGCCAGCCUUCUGCAAAGACGCCGACGCCGUGGAUGUACAGAGCUUCCCGCCGGUGGCUAAGGUUGUCCGUAAAGGAAGUUCCCAGAAGGCAAUCAUGCAGCAGUAGAGUCAGGCAGAAAGCGAGUGAGGUAGUGCUAAGAGUGCGAGAAUCAGAGGUCAGCUUUAUAUUUUUUUUCGCCCU